GGGGUUUCCAAUUUGCAAAAGAGGCUCUAGAAAAGGAAAUGACGGGAUGACACGAAGUGUGACAAUGACUUGUGGUAGAGAGGGUAAUCGGGAGAAGCGGAGUAAAAAGAAUCUAAAUGCACAACCCACAAUGCAGUUGGGUUGCACAGCCCGAAUCACUGCCACAGUCGAUAUAAAAGGUGCGUGCACCAUUUCGGUUGUUAAUUUAGAGCAUAAUCAUGGGCUAAGCCCAAGCAAAGCUCGUACAUGGCGUUGUAAUAGGAAAGUGCCUAACCACGUUAAAAGACGUCUUGAGGUGAUUGAUGCUGCAGGGAUCCCGCUUCACAAAAGCUUGAACUCGACUGUUGUUGAAGCAGGGGGUUAUGACCACUUGACCUUUCUUGAAAAGGAUUGCCGGAAUUACAUGGAGCAAGUGAGGCGAGUUAAAAUAUGUGCAGGUAUGUCGUCUACACAAAGGAGUGAGAGCAUGAAUGCCUUUUUUGAUGGGUAUGUGCACUCAAAAACAACUUUGAUGCAAUUUGUUAAACAAUAUGAGCGUGCAUUGAGGAACAAGUGUGAAAAAGAAUUCUUAGCUGAUUCAUUAUCAUUUGCAAAGACGUUGCCAUAUGCCUCUGCAUAUCCCAUCGAGAAGCAGAUCCAAACGAUCUACACUAUAUCCAAGUUCCAAGAAUUGAAAACAGAAAUGAUUGGAAAGAUGUAUUGUCACAUUAUGAGUCAUGCGAAUGGUUCCUUGUAUACGGUAGGAGAAGAUGUAAUUGGAGAGGGAUUUCACAAACGGAAGAACUUUAAGGUUGAAUUCGACAGGGAAACAAAUUUUGCAAAAUGUGAAUGUCAUCUUUUUGAAUUCAGAGGAACGAUUUGCAGGCAUUGCUUGUGCGUACUAAUCCAAAACGAUGUAAAAGUCCUUCCAGAUACGUAUAUUCUCAGUAGAUGGCGGCGAGAUAUUAAGAGGAGUUACACAGUUGUUCGGAUGGAAUAUGAUGGAUUGCCCCGUACAGUUGAGCAAAGGAGGUAUGACAUGCUUUGUGCAAAGUUCCAAGAACUUGCCCAGAUCGCAGCUGAUGAUGAGGAACGCACAAAAGAUAUUGUGUCUUGGAUCGAUAAACAAAUGCUUAUCCCAUCUCUGAGAAAGGCAAGUGACGAACAUAUUCCCGAGAACAUGGAAUUGGACAAAACUUUGACCAAAGAUAUAUUGGACCCUACUUAUUCAAAACGAAAAGGGGCCCCCAAGAAAAAUAGGCUAAAAUCUAUUUUCGAGACAAAAAACAGGAAAAGAAAGCAAGACAAGAAGAUUCGAGAUGAUCACGGUAAGAAAAAAAGUAGUGAACAACGUAAGGUGAACGAGAGCAAGCGGGGAAACGCUGAACAGCCAUCCACAACCCUUUUUACAUGCGUUGGUGACAUAGGUUGUGAAAAUAUGCCGACGUGGGAUUGGCCGGGAGAAGAUGGUGUCUAUGACCUAACUUGCCCAAAUCUUGAUCUCAGGCUAUGAAUCGGUAGAUGGCCCAUCUUUUUUUGUUAACAUUUUGCUAUGCAUUUGCUCACACAUUUUUUGGUAAGUAUCACUAUGUAAUAUUUUGUAUUCACUACUUACAGAUGAUGUAAAUAAACAUAUUUUUUUUGGGCAAGUUGAACACUAUGUAAAUACUAGUUUUGCCAUGUAACAGUUUAACAUGUUGAUGUAAUUGUUUUUUGUUCAAUACACCAACACUUACUGUCGGGGUGGAAGUGGAUAUGUUUUGUUGUGUUACUGAGUGUGUGCUCUUGUAUUGUUAAAAAAAGCAUUGGUUAAUGU